AUGUUCCCGCUGCAAUCUAGGUUAUCUUUCAAGGCAUCCUUGUCGAGAAUCGCAAGUAGUGGCUUGUUGUUGUUCUUAUUGUUUGCUGUUGUUUUGGAAUGCUCCUGCUUGAUGAGUGUUGUAUUGGCUGCUGCUAAUCGUGGAAAGAUCAAUAUUUUACAACAAUCAAAGAUGAUCAAGAAUAAUAACAAGGCUCCUUCUGUUAUUGUUGGAAAAGAAGCUGGAUUUAUUGUUCCACCAUUGGAAUCGUAUGGUGCUGCUCCGUAUCCAGAAUAUGCUCAUCACCAUUUGGUGUGGAUUAAUGGAGAGAAACAAAGUCAACAGGGAAUUAUUAAUUUGGUAAAUUCUUACCUUGCUAAUGGUAUUCCUGUUGGAUCAGUGGAUUUGGAGGCUGGUUGGAGUACUGGCAUUAAUAAUUUUGUGCCAAAUCAUAAAUUCCCAAACCUUUACCAAUUGGUCAAGCAAUUACACAAGAUGAAUGUAAAGGUAUUUUGUUGGGCUACACCAUUGGUCAAUACUGAUUCUCCAAAUUAUAAGGAUGGAUACAAUCGUGGAUAUUAUUUGAAUGGAGGAAGAGAAAUUGAAUGGUGGAAAGGACGCGGAAGUUUCAUUGAUUAUAGUAAUCCUGAUGCUGUUAAUUGGUGGCAUAAUCAAUUGGAUAAUGUAUUGAUUUUGAACAAGACUGAUGGAGAAGGAAUUGAUGGAUGGAAAACUGACGGUACUGAUCCAUAUCUCUAUGAAUUGUUACCUUACAUCUACGGUAAAAAAGGAAAAAUUUCAGAAUCUGAUUAUUCCAGCAUGUAUUACAAUGAUUACUUGUCUUAUUCUCAAAAAGUUAGAGGACUUGAUAAUGCCUUGCUUGUUUCUAGAGCAACUGAUUCAUUCCUUGGAGCUGCCUUCUUUAAAUUCGCCCCAAGAGAUGUUGUUUUUAAUGGAUGGGUUGGUAACAAGUAUGCAAACUAUUUCGGCUUGAAGGAAACUGUGAAAAACAUGUUCCACUCUUCGUGGGAUAAUUAUGUUGGAUUCACCACUGAAAUUGCUGGUUAUUCUGGAAUGAGAGCUGAUGAUAAGGUAUUAUAUAUUAGAUGGUUCCAAUUGGCAGCCUUUACAAGUGCAAUGCACAAUGGAGGGUAUGAUCUUCAUGAACCUUGGCUUUUCAAUGAUGCCAACGUAACUGCUCUCUACAGAAAAUUCACUCAAGCUCACAUGGAAAUUGUUCCUUAUUUAUACACAACUGGUAUUUCAGCAUAUGCUUCUAAAACUAGUAUGAUUUCUCCGCUCAAUUCACAUACAAUUUUGGAUCCAAGUAUUUGGACAUUCUACCUUGGAACAGAUAUGCUCGUCAAUCCAAUCUUUGAUUUCCCGGGAGAAGUAAAUGUGUUCUUCCCAUUUGGAACAUGGGUUGAUUACUUUGAUCAUGACAUGUCAUUUGGAGGUGGUGUUGUCCCAAUGUUCAAUAUCACUUUCAAUUACACUCUCACAUUAACUGAUUUCCCAGCCUAUUACAGAGCUGGUAGUAUUUUACCAUUGAAUAUUACUACAAAUCAUGUCAAUGUGUUUGGUAAUGCUAAAAGAAAUGCUGGAUAUUUAACCUUGGCCAUUCACUAUCCAAUUGUUGACCAAGUCCAAGAAAAGGUAAUCUAUUCUCACGGUAUUAAAGUUACCUAUUUGAGAAAGACAAUUGACAAUACAAUGAUUAUUGAAAUAUCAGCUCCAAAUGGUUUCAGAGGAGAACAUGCUGAUAGAAAUCUCAAAUACUUGUUGGAUAUUCGUGGAUUACUUCCAUCUCACUUUGAAGGAUACACAGUUUCUCAAUACUCAAUGGAUGCUGACAAGUUUGUCGAGAUGAGCAAACACAAAUUAUCCAAUGAUUUUAACAAUUCAAAAGAAAGCUCAUUCCACCACAAUGAAAAUCCAUCCUUCUACACUCUUCGUAAACCAAACGGAAAGCGUUUGAAAUUGAAACAACAACACUUGUGGAUUAAGGUUCAUGAUGUCAGUAAGGGUGUUAGAAUUUUGAUUAAAUAA